AAUUGAUUGCAGCAGCUAUUAGCAGUGAACAUGGCCACCUUGUGGCCAUUUUGCGCAUGCGUCAGAGGAUCAUUUGGCCAACUCCUACAGAAGGAAUAAAUGAUUGUUGUCAUGUUCCGGCUUGGGAGCUUUUGGGAUGCAGAGAUGAGGACCCAAUAGCAGGUAAAAAGCCAUUUAUUGUUGAGACUAUGCAGCAGACCAACUCACUAGCAUGUUCAACAGAGAAAACAUCAAUGACCCAACAAAGAAAGGAGCGCGCACCUGAACCAAAUAGGCAUCACAAAUUAUGAGAAACGGGUGCGGGAGAUAAUGGACAUCAACUGAAAACACAACAGAGCAACACAGGAAGUGAAUACAAAACAAGGGCAUGAACGAGGAACUGAGGAAAACUUGGAGCCCGAUCGGGUGAAGCCCGAGGUCAAACUAUUUGUUGGCAAAUUCAGGUUCAACAUCUCAUGUUUUUGUGAAUUAUGAUAUUUUGUUGUUGUUGACAUGUGCUGGCAAUUUGCUCCACAUGUGCAGGAAUAUUGUUGACAAAUGGUGUGAAAUUAUUGUACGUUUUUUUAUACACGUAACAGUCACUUGGCGUGCGCGCGCUUUUAUUUUGAAUUUCUUCCAAACCCCGCCGACAGCAGCAGUCCAGUCAGUCCGCAGUCGCAGCAGCGGUGCGCUUUCGUCACUGGGCUCCCUCUGUAGGGCAAAGCUGACUUAGUAAUGCUAGCCUAGCAUCAACGCUCGUGCUAAACAUGACAAUAUGGUGCGUCUAUCACUAUAAUAGAGUGGGUUGUGUAGGGGCAGUGGGAGCGCCGUCUGGUGUCAGGCGGGUGCAUGAGUGGAUUUAUGGCCCGCAGCUGUUGAGCGGCUGUCAGACGCGUGCAAGCCAGGAUCUCCACCGCUGCUUCUGCUGCUUCUGCUGCUUCUGCUGCUUCUGGUCCACACACUGUUUCAUAGAAAGGAGCGCCGCUGAGCAAAAACUAUGGCGGCGGAGCAGUACACCAGUACCACCACAGAGGGCAGCAAUGUGCCAAGACCGGUGCCUGAGCACGUCUACAAGAUUGGCAUCUACGGCUGGAGGAAACGCUGCCUCUACCUCUUCGUGCUGCUACUUAUUGUCAUCCUGGUGGUCAACCUGGCUCUCACCAUCUGGAUCUUCAGGGUCAUGUGGUUCAACUCGGAAGGGAUGGGCCUCCUGCAAGUCCACUCUGACGGCGUCAAGCUGGAAGACGGCGAAUCCGAGUUCCUGCUGCCCCUCUACGCCGAGGAGAUCCACUCCAGACAAGAUUCUCCUCUUCUUAUACACUCGGAAACAGAAAAUAUUUCCCUCAACGCCCGAGAUGAAAAUGGGAACGUGACAGGGAGAAUGUCUGUGGGUCCAAAACAGGCUGAGGGCCACACGGCGGACAUGAUCCUCAGCUCCCAAACUGGCGACAUGCUGUUCAGUGCGGACGGAAAGCAGGCCGUGAUUGGACCCGAUAAACUACGCAUCACAGGUCUCGAAGGAGCUUUGUUCCAGCAUUCAGUGGAGGUUCCUCUACUCAAGUCCGAACUCCUGAAAGACCUGAGGUUGGAGUCUCCCACUCGCUCGCUCACGAUGGACGCUCCAAAAGGAGUUCACCUCAAAGCCUUGGCGGGAAACAUUGAAGCCGCAUCCAACAUGGACGUUGUCCUGCAGUCCAGUGUUGGACUGUUGGUGCUGGAUGCAGAGACGGUGCGCAUGCCCAGUCUGCCCCAAAGCCAAGGCGGAGUUUCGGGCAACGCUCAGGGUCUCUACGAGGUCUGCGUCUGUCCCAGCGGGAAACUCUUCCUUUCCAAGGCGGGCGUCACUUCCACUUGCAGCGACAACCAGGAAUGCUAACAUUUCAUUUGUUGUUUUAUGAAAUGCUCGAGUGUGAGUGGACCUCCUACCAGCAGGGGGGGGGGGGGGCAUCUUGCUGGAGGACAUCAUGUUGUCAUGGCUGGGCAAUGAGGAGCUGCUGUAACAGCUUACAUCCUAUGCAAUAUGUCUUGUGGUGCAAUACGUAAUACGUCAAAGCCACACAAAAAUAUGACACAAGAAUCAUUUCUUAUGUAUGUUUGUUAUUUUGCUUGGAAAACGAGAAAUGUAUUAACCUUUAACCCUUCGAUGCACGAGUGACUGGACCCUCCACUCUUCCAUAAGUGGAUCAAAAAUCACCCAUACUAGAAUCAAUGCCUUUUUAGGACAAUUUGGCCAUUUUGGUUAGGAAUAAUCACUUGUAUGAUAUUUAGUAUUAUAUUUAGGACCACACAAGAAUGAUUUCAUGUUAGAAACAUCUUCAUUUUUCACUUUUUUACAUCUUUGAAAAAGAAAAUGACCCCGUACAACAAUAGAAAAUGGGAGGAUCCAUUGUGUGUUGCAUAAAGGGAAGUUAAAAAUGUCAAUGGCAUGAUAUCAAAAUCAGGUUUUUUGAGGAAUACCUGGAAUAUGAAAUGAUAAAAAAUUUUUAAUUCCAAAAUAUUUCAAGAAAACAACCUGACCGGGUCAUUUUUGACCCACUUAUGCAUCUAAGGGUUAAUAUGAGACAAUACUGGAUAUUAGACCAGCCUUGUUUUUUUAUUUAAAACACAUUUUUCUUAUAUUGGCGUCAAUGCAGUAACACCGCUUUUGUGUUGUGAAUAUUAUAUUUUUUCCAAAGGCACAUGUUAUUAUUUUUAAUGUAAAUUGAUUUAAAAAAAAAUCGAAUUUGACGAUGCAGGGUUACCUAAUGUUGAUAUCAUGUUUUUUUUUUAAAUCAGUGGGGUGUCUAUGUGUGUUAUUACGGUAUUUUAUUUAUCAAGCUUUUGUGCAUCGCACUGUAAAAAAAAUGA